UAGCGAGAUGGAGGGAUGGGACCCGAACACGAAAUCAACGCUGACCCAGAUCCCGCUACUGACGACGAAAGCUGGUCCUAGAGACGGCGCGGCGUGGACGUCGCGGCUUAAAGAGGAGUACAAGGCUUUGAUCGCUUACACACAGAUGAACAAGUCCAACGAUAACGAUUGGUUCCGCAUCUCCGCCUGCAAUCCUGAAGGGACUCGUUGGACCGGCAAGUGCUGGUACGUCCAUAACCUCUUGAAGUACGAAUUCGAUCUCCAAUUCGACAUUCCGGUUACUUACCCAUCCACAGCUCCCGAGAUCGAGCUCCCGCAACUCGAUGGAAAGACGCAGAAGAUGUAUAGAGGAGGAAAGAUUUGCUUGACUGUACAUUUCAAGCCGCUUUGGGCCAAAAAUUGUCCUAGGUUUGGUAUAGCGCAUGCACUUUGUUUGGGUCUUGCUCCAUGGCUCGCAGCAGAGGUUCCCGUUCUUGUUGAUUCCGGCAUGAUUAAGCAUAAAGAUGAUAUGAGCUCAUCUAGUGAAUCUUAGUUAUUUAAUGUAAUACUAAGGUUGUAAAAGUAAUGCUCAAGUUUUAGAGUUUCUGGUCUGUUCAAUGAAAAUAAGUAUCGAGGCAAGUGUGCAUAACCGAUGCAUUGCUAUACAGUUGUCUGGAAGAUGUUUUUUACAGUUAAUGUUAUCAGCUAUAUACUCUUGAAAAUUUUUACAUUUCAAAUGCAUUUACAUACUGAUUUUUUA